CUAAAACUCUGCCCUAGAGCACAUGGCUGGCAAUAUCGCCAGUCCAACUUUCUUUACAAGACCUUGGUAACUCAACAAUCUUUUUACAUUUUAUUCUUACCUCACUUAUCGCAAUCUGUGCUUGUAUUCUAUAAAUACAACGAUUGCUGAUCUUCUGUCUUCUUAUCUCUCUCUUCUCCUCUGUCUCUUGGGUCCCGUCUUCUUCAUCUGCGAGCAAUGGACGGCGAUGGUAGCUUGAACUCCCCUCUGUUAAUUCGGAGGUGGGAAGAUGAGAGCGCGAAAGAGUUGGAGUUUGCGGAUGGGCCCAAAUGGAGGAAGGAAGAUGUUUUGGGGGAGUUGAAGAAACAGGUUGCACUGGGUGGACCUUUGGUUACAGCAAACUUGUUGCAGAAAUGCAUGCAGAUUGUUUCAGUUAUGUUUGUAGGGCAUCUUGGUGAGCUUCCUCUUGCUGGUGCUUCCAUGGCUACUUCCUUUGCUAAUGCCAUAGGCUUCAGCGUGCUGUAUGGCAUGGCUGGUGCGCUCGACACGCUGUGUGGACAAGCUUAUGGUGCAAAACAGUAUCACAUGGUUGGUGUACAUGCACAAAGAGCUCAGUUUAUAUUCUUUGUGAUUGGCAUUCCCAUAUCUCUUGUAUUGUAUAACACUGAAGGCAUCCUACAAGCAGUUGGGCAAGAUGCACUGUUAUCGAAAGAAGCGGGCAGUUAUGCUAUAUGCAUGAUCCCAACCCUCUUUGCUUAUUCUCUCCUUCAAACCCUAACUAGGUUCCUGCAGACCCAAAAUGAUGCUCUUCCGAUAAUGCUGAGCACCGGAAUUACUUCAUUGCUUCACCUCCCAAUUUGUUGGGUUCUGGUUUCUAAAUCGGGUUUAGGAGCCAAGGGUGCGGCGCUCGCAAAUUCAGUCUCGUAUUUCUUGAAUGUCAUACUACUCUCACUGUAUGUGAAGUUCUCUACUACCUGCGUGAAGACUUGGACAGGUUUCUCGAUGGAAGCUUUUCACAACAUUGCGCACUUUUUUAGGCUUGCAAUACCUUCCACCGUAAUGGGCUGCUUGGAAUGGGCAUCUUAUGAGAUAUUGAUCCUUCUGAGUGGUCUUCUUCCCAACCCAAAACUUGAAGCAUCUGUGCUGGCAAUAUGCCUAAACACGGAGGCAUUGACUUUUACGAUACCUCAAGGUCUUGGUGAUUGUAUAAGUACCAGGGUUUCAAACGAAUUAGGUGCUGGAAAUCCACGCCGUGCAGUUUUGGCUAUUCGGGUUAUAUUGCUCCUUGUCAUACUAGACAGCUUACUAGUCGGUGCGUUCAUUUUGGUUGUACACAAUUUUUGGGGAUAUUUGUAUAGCAAUGAACAAGAAGUUGUAGACUACGUCUCAAGGCUGACACCAUUGCUUGUGAUUGCUAACAUCAUGGAUGGAACCCAGUGCAUGCUUUCGGGCAUUACAAGGGGUUCUGGUCGGCAAAAAUUUGGAGCUUUGGCCAAUUUGGGUGCUUAUUAUGGAGUGGGUAUUCCCAUGGCCAUUAUUUUGGCCUUUUACUUCAAUGCCGGAACCAAGGGUCUUUGGAUGGGAGUCAUUAGUGGGAGCUUUGUUCAAGGUCUAUCACUUCUUAUUAUGAUACUAUCCACCAACUGGGAACAAGAAGCCAGGAAGGCAACUGAUAGCGCAUUUCACUCAAGUAUUCCAGCAAUUAAUACAACAUGAGGCCAUGUGACUACAAUAUCAUGCACUUACACCUAUGGAGUCUAUGGAUUGUUUGAGCUAAGCCAAUUCAAAAUUAUUUUGAUGUAUUACAUGACGAGAUUCAUUUUGUUGAAUUUGUACAAUUUUUGUAGAAACCAUUCAGUUCAAUGGAAUACGUACAUAAGAGAAAAAGGUUCUGCC